UCUGCAUAUUGAUUCCCUAAUCAAAUCUCCUUCUCUUUAAUUAAGCCUUCAACGGUUUAACCGUUGUUCUGAAGCAACGAAGGUGAAAGAAGAACAACCUUUAAUACCUCUUCUGCAGAGCAGGAGAAAAGUUAAGAGAGGAAACUUAGAUUCAAUCACUGAAAGCUUAUUGUUCGAUGGAGACCGGAGGGAAUUCGUUACCUUCGGGGACCGACGGCGUGAAGAGGAAGGUGUGCUAUUUCUACGACCCGGAGGUGGGGAACUAUUAUUAUGGCCAAGGUCACCCUAUGAAGCCUCACAGAAUUCGAAUGACUCAUGCCCUUCUAGCACACUAUGGGCUGCUUCAGCAUAUGCAAGUUCACAAGCCCUUCCCUGCUAGGGAUCGGGAUCUUUGCCGCUUCCAUGCUGAUGACUAUGUGAACUUUCUCCGCAGCGUAACCCCUGAAACACAGCAAGAUCAACUCAGACAGCUCAAGCGCUUUAAUGUUGGUGAGGAUUGUCCAGUCUUUGAUGGCCUUUACUCCUUCUGUCAAACUUAUGCAGGUGGCUCCGUUGGUGGUGCUGUCAAAUUAAACCAUGGUCUAUGUGACAUUGCCAUUAACUGGGCUGGUGGCCUGCAUCAUGCAAAGAAGUGUGAGGCCUCGGGCUUUUGCUAUGUCAAUGAUAUUGUCCUUGCCAUUCUGGAACUUCUUAAGCAGCAUCAGCGUGUUCUAUAUGUCGAUAUUGAUAUCCACCAUGGAGAUGGUGUGGAGGAGGCAUUUUAUACAACUGACAGGGUCAUGACUGUUUCAUUUCAUAAAUUUGGAGAUUAUUUUCCCGGUACGGGUGAUAUACGUGAUAUCGGAUAUUCAAAAGGGAAAUACUAUUGCCUCAAUGUUCCUUUGGAUGACGGGAUCGAUGAUGAGAGUUAUCAUUACCUGUUUAAACCAAUCAUCAGUAAAGUUAUGGAAGUUUUUAAGCCUGGUGCUGUGGUUCUUCAAUGUGGUGCCGACUCUCUAUCUGGAGAUCGGUUGGGGUGUUUCAAUCUUUCAAUCAAGGGUCACGCGGAGUGUGUUAAAUUUAUGAGAUCAUUCAAUGUCCCGUUAUUGCUUCUAGGUGGUGGCGGGUAUACCAUUAGGAAUGUUGCUCGCUGUUGGUGCUAUGAGACAGGAGUUGCACUUGGAAUGGAAGUUGACGACAAGAUGCCUCAGCACGAGUAUUACGAGUAUUUCGGUCCAGAUUAUACUCUUCAUGUUGCCCCUAGUAACAUGGAAAACAAAAACUCACGCCGGUUACUCGAAGAAAUUCGUAAUAGGCUACUCGACAAUCUCUCAAAGCUUCAGCAUUCGCCAAGUGUCCAUUUUCAAGAAAGGCCACCUGAUACGGAGCUUCCUGAGGCUGAUGAAGAUCAAGAUGAUGGAGAUGAAAGAUGGGACUCGGAUUCAGACAUGGACGUUGAUGAGGACCGUAAGCUCAUUCCAAGUAGAGUAAAGAGAGAAGUGAUCAGGCCAGAUACGAAAGAUACGCAGGUCCAAAAAGGAACAGUUGAGCAAGCUAGAGGAUCUGUGACAGAUGAGACUGGUGUAGAUGUCAGUCCAAUGCCGAUCGAUGAACCAACUGUGAAAGUCGAGUAAGAAACAACAAUAAAGCAUCCGAUCCGAUGUACCCGAGGACCGAAGCAAAAUCGUCUGCUUCAGGUACCGGAUGUAUUUCGUGCCAUUUCGGUUUAUCAAACAUUAUAAGACCUCACGUUCAUGGAUAAGUCUAAAUUUGUACAAGGCAUGGAAACCUGAAAACGAUUGGGAUUUAUAUUAUAGCUGCUUCAAGUUGUAUAUCAAACAGUUUAGAGUGUCGAUUAUCAAAGUUCCAGAU